AUUAACGAAAAACAAACAACGAAAUCUUUCGUUUCGGAGAGAGAGAAGUUAUAGAGAAAGGAGACGGAGAAGAAGAGAGAAGAUUACAGAGACAGAAAGAGCGAGAGCCGAAAGGGAAAACAAGGUAGCAGAGAGGACGAGCUUCUUCAGCUCUUCCAAGGUAUAUUUCGAUCCGCUCACACGGGAGUCUUCGCCCGUUCCUCGUUCUCGUAGAAGCUCCCGAAAUCCCUUAUCGGAUCCGUUGUUUGAGUUCUUCGAGUUUCGUUGUUUUCAAGUUCGUUGCGUGGACUAAUACGGACGAAGAAAUCGCAAUAUGAGCAUCGAUAGCCCUAGGGAAGGGGAGAAUUAGGGUUCUUUUCUGUAGUCCUUGGACUUCCAUGGGCGAUGGCGGAGUCGCCUGCGUGCCUUCGCAGCAUGUUAUGGAAAGAUUUCCACUUUCGGAUACGUUCUGCGGGGGCAAUGGUGGUUUCAAUUCUAGGUCUCUCCAAUAUGCAGAAUCACAGCUUCAGCGAAAGCAUGAGAAGAAGAUGGAAGUAGAGAACGAGGAAUUUAGUUCAGAGAAAGGGCGGAAGUUUGAGAGAGGGAAGAAAGGGGAUGUUGAGAAGGGGGAGAUUGCUUCCGAAAAGCUGCCCAAGGAAGAAGUGGAGGAGGGAGAAUUGGGUUCUUUGUUGGGGGCGAAAGGCCAAGUGGAGAAUGGCGAAUUUGUUCCCGAGAAGUCGCAGAGAAGAGAAAUUGAAAAUGGGGAGUUUGUCCCUGAUAAGUGCAGGAAAGGUGGUGAAGUUGAGAAGGGAGAGUUCGUUCCGGAGAAGUGGCGGAAAGCAGAAGUUGAAAAUGGGGAACUUUUGACGGGAAGAGCGCGGAGAGAAGUAGAGAAGGGAGAGUUCAUAAUAGAAAAGGGAAGGAGAGGGGAAGUGGAGAAGUCGGACUUGGGGAGAGGACGGAGAGGGGAGCUUGAGAAAGGAGAGUUUGUCCCUGAUAAAUGGCGGAAAAGUGAAGUGGUGAAAGAAGACUACGCUUCAGCAAAAGGACGGAAAUGGGAAAUGGAGAAAGACGACAAUGCUAUGGACAGGGGAUGGAAGUACGAGCGAGACCGAACACCACCUUCUAUGAAGUUCUCUGAUGAGGAUGCUUCCCAAAGAAGAGAAUUGAGUAGGAGUGGAAGUGAACGUAGAAAGAGGUCUUCCAGUUCGAGGUGGUAUCAUGAUCAUGGUCAUGACAUGGACUCAAAGACCAAUUUGAGAAUUGUCGACGAGGAAUUAGGCUCAUAUAAGCACGAAUACAGUGAUGGCAAGAAUCAUGGAAGAGAGCGCGCAUCUGGUACAUGGCGGAAACGUUAUUGUACAGAAUCAGAGGGUAGCAGCCGCAAAUACCAUGGAGAAGAUUAUCCAGGUUUUAAAAGCCGGAGAGUGUCUGAUGAUAGUAACCGGGCUGGCCAUGAGAAACACUAUUCACGAGGUUUGCAGGAGAGCUCUUACAGAAAUUCUUCUUCAUCAUCAUCAUCAAGACUGCCAAUCUCCAGCAGGUUCUCUUCUAGGCAUUAUGAUUCUUCUUCGUCAUCUAGAGUAGUGCAUGACAGGCAUGGUCGAAGUCCAGCCCGCCCUGAGCGGUCCCCACGUGAUCGGGGCUGGCACCAUGACCACCGGGACCGAAGUCCAGGCCACUCCGAGUGGUCUCCACAUGAUCGGCGCCGUGUCCAUGAUCACAAGAACAGAAGUCCUGUUCAUGUGGAGCGGUCCCCACGUGACCGAUCACGACACCAUGACCAGAGGGAUGACUGCAGGGAAGAUCUCAGGGAUCGGACUCCAGGUUACCAGGAGAGGUUACCCCGUGACCGGGGGAGGCCCCUAGAUUACCAGGAAUCCAGUCGAAAGAGCGGAGGAAGUGAAAGGCAGCACAGUUGGUAUGCAAACCAGGGGAAUGAAGAGAAGCUUGGCCACAGGGAAUCAGCUGAAAGGGAUUCUCACAAGCAUUUAUCAACCUCUCAAACCCCCAAUAGCAGCACUGUACGUAGCAGUGGUAGUGGUUCUGCUGAUAAAAAUAUCACUGUUCAGGGUCACAAGGACGAAGAGUCACAGAAUGUAAGCUUGGAUUCCAAAGAAACUCCUCUUCAGGUUAAUGAAGCUCCUGAAGAGCUGUUGUCCAUGGAAGAGGACAUGGAUAUCAGUGACACACCACCUCAUGUUCCGGUUAUGUCAGAUUCAAAUGUGGGAAAAUGGUUUUAUCUUGAUCAUUCUGGUAUCGAGAAAGGCCCUUCUAAAUUAUGUGACCUUAAGAGGCUUGUGGAGGAAGGGUUUAUGCUGUCAGAUCAUUUGAUAAAGCAUUCAGAGAGUGAGCGAUGGGUAACUGUUGAAAAUGCUGUUUCUCCACUGGUGCCUGUGAACUUCCCAUCAGUUGUUUCUGAUGCCAUAACUCAGUUGGUGAGUCCUCCUGAGGCUCCUGGGAAUCUAUUGGCAGAUGUUGCUAAUGCCGGGCAACCUGUUGAUCAGAAGGGGGAGGAACUGCCUGCUUCUUCACUGCAGCCACUUUCCCAACUACAUGGCAUUUCAAGUCCUUUGGAGCCUCUAGAGUAUCUCUACAUUGAUGAAAGGGUCAGAGCCUUGCUAAGUGGCUACACUGUUAUAACCGGGAAGGAACUCGAGACUCUUGGAGAAGCUUUACAGAUGACAUUUGAGCAUGCAGACUGGGAAAAUUGGGGUAGCUCCGAAGGUUUCACGAGGUUUCAACCUUCCACAGGGUAUUCCACGCAACGAAGAGAUGAGAAUUUUGAUAGAUCUCUUGAUGCCAUGUCAAAAGAAGCUAUAGAUACAAGGUCAGCUGAUGCCUUUGCCAGUGCUGACUGUAAUGACUGGUUUUCCAACCGAUGGUCCUGCAAGGGUGGUGACUGGAAGAGGAAUGAUGAAGCUUCUCAGGAUAGAUCAUCUAAGAAGAAACUUGUCCUGAAUGAUGGUUACGCAUUGUGCCAGUUGCCAAAGUCUGGCUGUGAGGACCCUCGGUGGCACAGGAAAGAUGAGUUGUACUAUCCCUCCCAGAGCAGAAGGCUUGACCUACCUCCUUGGGCAUUUUCCUGGCCAGAAGAGAAGAAUCCAGGCCAAAUCAAGCCACUUAAUGCAAGGGGACUGAAGGGAACCAUGCUAUCUGUUGUCAGGAUAAAUGCUUGUGUUGUCAAAGACCAUGGUUCAUUUAUCUCUGAGCCCCGCAUGAGAAUUAGAGGAAAUGAGCGCCACUCAUCAAGAUCCCAUCGGUCCGUCUCAGGAAGUACUGAUGGCAAGAGCGUGUCAGCAGAGGGUGCUUCACAAUCCAGAAAACAUACUGAACAGAACUUACAGGGUUUGCUGAAAAGCGUAACACCCAUCAACACCCCAAAAGAUCAUGUUUGCACAGUUGAUGAAUUGCAGUUGCAUUUGGGUGAUUGGUACUACUUUGAUGGUGCUGGUCAUGAACAUGGGCCGCUAUCAUUUUCUAAGCUGCAAGCUUUGGUUGACAAAGGUACUCUUCCAAAGUCCACUAGUGUCUUCAGGAAGGACGAUAACAUUUGGGUUCCAGUUGUCUCUGCUGCAAAUGCCUCUGAUGCUGCACCAGCUACUGAUUCUUCUGUAGCUCAGUCACAGGUUGCAGCACAGAGUGGGGACAACAUAGCUUCUAGUUCAUUUCACAGCUUACAUCCUCAAUUCAUCGGGUAUACACGUGGUAAACUGCAUGAGUUGGUCAUGAAAUCUUAUAAGAGCCGGGAAUUUGCUGCUGCUGUAAAUGAGGUCUUGGAGCCAUGGAUCAAUGCUAAGCAACCAAAGAAGGAAUUAGACAAACAUCCUUUUACUUCAGCUGUCACGAAAAGUUAUUUCUCUCAAAAUUUUGCAACGUACAAGUUCCAAAAAUCAGAGGAUGAAACAUCUUUCCGUGCUGGUAAAAGAGCUCGAAUGGUGGUCAAUGAAAGUGGAGAAGAUGAUGAAGUGGAGGAUCUCCUUAUUGAACAUGAAGAUGGCUCCUUUGAGGAAUUAUGCGGUGACACUGUUUUUGAUGAAGGAAAUGGCGCUAGUGCUGAAAUAGACAGGGAUACCUGGGGGCUACUCAAUGGCAGUAUACUGGCACGAGUUUUUCAUUUUCUGAGAACUGACUUGAAGUCCCUAGCAUUCUCUGCGGCUACUUGUAAGCGCUGGAAUGCUGCUGUCAGGUCUUACAGGGAUAUCUCCAGACAGAUCAACUUUUCAUCUGCUGGUCCAAUGUGCACCGACUCCAUGUUCCAGGGCAUCAUGGAUGGUUAUAAGAAAGAGAAGAUAACAUCAAUCAUCCUUGUUGGGUGCACCAAUAUUAGUGCUGGUGUCCUUGAUCAAAUUCUCCAUUUGUUCCCUUGUAUAUCUUCUGUAGAUAUCAGGGGCUGCAGCCAAUUCAGUGAAUUGACAGAGAAAUUUCCAAAUUUGAACUGGAUAAAAAGCCGUGUUUCCAGUGACGCUAGGAAUCUUGAAGAGACUUGUUCAAAGAUGAGGAGCCUCAGUCAGAUAACAGAAAAAAGUUUUUCAGUUUCUAAAGCUUUCAAGGGCUCAAAUAGUCAUUUGGAUGAGUCGAAUGAGCCUGGAGAUUCUCUAGAUCAUGAUGUCACUAUGUGUAGGAGAGACUCAGUCAGUCAAUCAUUCCGGCAAAGCUAUUACAGUCGUACGAAGUUACGUGAUGUGAAAAUGCCCAGAUCCCUCCUGUCAAGGGAUGCUCAACUAAGGUGGUUGCUUCGCAAGAAAUCUGAAAAUGUGUAUAAGAAAAUGGAAGAAUUCCUCGCUUUGAGUCUUAGGGACAUCAUGAAGGAGAACACUUUUGAUUUCUUUGUGCCUAAGGUUGCAGAGAUCGAAGAUAGGAUGAAGAAUGGUUAUUACAUUGGUCAUGGUUUGAACUCUGUUAAGGAGGAUAUCAGUCGAAUGUGUCGCGAUGCAAUAAAAGCCAGAAAUCGUGGUGAUGCUGGAGAUAUGAAUCACAUCAUUAUGUUAUUCAUCCGACUUGCCAGAAGUUUGGAUGAGAAUUCUAAGUCCUGUCAUGAAAGAAAUGAAAUGAUGAAGUUAUUUAAGGAUAAUGCACGUGCUGGGUUUUGCUCAGUGGCCUCCAAGUAUGGGAAGAAACUAAAUAAAGUAGUGAACGAGAGGAAAAUCAUGCGUAAUGGCACAUCGUAUGUCAAUGGUGGUAUAAAUUAUAGAGAAUGUGCAUCUGAUCGGGAAAUAAGAAGACGCUUAUCCAAAUUGAAUAAGAGGGAUUUAGAUUCAGGAAGUGAGACUUCUGGUGACCCUGAUCAGUGUUCUGAAGUUUCUAGUGGUGAUGGGAACUGUUCUUCCUCAGAUACAGAAAGUGACCUAGGGUUCCAGUCUGAAGGAGGAACUGGUGAUUUAACUGGAGAUAGAUACUUUGGGGCAGAUGAGUCUUUAGAUUCUAUUGCUGAUGACCGUGAAUGGGGUGCUCGGAUGACGAAAGCAAGCCUCGUUCCUCCUGUUACUAGGAAGUAUGAAGUCAUUGAUCGAUAUGUUAUUGUGGCAGAUGAGGAGGAAGUGCAACGAAAGAUGCGGGUUUGUCUACCUGAGGACUAUUCUGAGAAGCUCAAGGCACAAAAGAAUAUCACUGAGGAGUCAGAUAUGGAAAUCCCUGAAGUAAAGGACUAUAAACCCAGGAAACAACUUGGAAAUGAGGUCCUAGAACAGGAAGUCUAUGGUAUAGAUCCUUAUACUCAUAAUCUUCUCCUGGACUCCAUGCCAGACGAUUUGGAUUGGACACUUCCAGAUAAGCAUAUGUUUGUUGAAGACGUGCUUCUGCGAGUUCUGAAUAAGCAAGUCAGGUCCUUCACUGGUACUGGAAACACUCCCAUGAUGUAUCCUUUGCAGCGUGUUGUUGAAGAGAUCCUAAAGACUGCUCAGGAACGUGGUGACAAACGCAUUAUGAAAAUAUGCCAAUGCAUCUUGAAGUCCAUGGAAGAUCGUCGUGAAGACAAUUAUGUAGCUUAUAGAAAGGGGCUUGGAGUAGUUUGCAAUAGCGAAGAAGGUUUUGGUGAAGAUGAUUUUGUUGUGGAGUUUCUGGGAGAGGUUUAUCCGGCUUGGAAAUGGUUUGAGAAGCAAGAUGGCAUUCGAUUACUGCAAAAAAACAAUAAUGAUCCAGCUCCAGAGUUCUACAACAUAUAUCUAGAGAGGCCAAAGGGAGACCGUGAUGGGUAUGAUUUAGUUGUUGUUGAUGCCAUGCACAAGGCAAACUAUGCAAGUCGUAUUUGUCACUCGUGCAGACCUAAUUGCGAAGCAAAAGUUACUGCAGUAGAUGGUCGGUACCUAAUUGGAGUUUACACUGUUCGACCAAUUAAUUAUGGUGAGGAGAUCACAUUUGAUUAUAACUCUGUAACAGAGAGUAAGGAAGAGUAUGAAGCUUCUGUUUGUCUGUGCGGCAGCCAAGUCUGCAGGGGAAGCUAUUUGAAUUUGACUGGUGAAGGGGCUUUUCAAAAGAUACUGAAAGAGUCCCAUGGAAUGCUAGAUCGUCAUCGGUUGAUGUUAGAGGCAUGUGAAUUGAAUUUUGUUUCUGAAGAUGAUUAUUUGGACUUGGGAAGAGCUGGUUUAGGCGCUUGUUUGCUUUAUGGGUUGCCUGAUUGGCUGAUUGCAUAUUCAGCUCGUCUGGUGAGAUUUAUAAAUUUUGAGAGAACGAAACUUCCUGAGGAGAUUUUGACGCAUAAUUUGGAGGAGAAGAGGAAAUUCUUUCUAGAUAUUUGCUUAGAUACUGAGAAGAGUGAUGCCGAGGUCCAGGCUGAGGGUGUGUACAAUCAAAGACUUCAAAAUUUGGCUGUUACUCUUGACAAGGUCAGGUAUGUAAUGAGAAGCAUAUUUGGUGACUCAAAGAAAGCCCCACCACCACUAGAGAAGCUAAGUCCCGAGGAAGUAGUUUCUGUCCUCUGGAAAGGGGAGGGAUCACUCGUUGAAGAAUUACUUCAGUGCAUGGCUCCUCAUGUAGAAGAGAAUUUGCUAAAUGAUCUCAAGUCCAAGAUUGAUGUGCAUGACCCAUCUGGUUCCGAUGAUCUCCGGAGUGAACUGAAAAAAUCUUUAUUAUGGUUGAGGGAUGAGGUCCGGAAUCUUCCUUGUACAUAUAAGUGCCGGCAUGAUGCUGCUGCUGACUUGAUCCACAUUUACGCUCAUACAAAAUGUUUUUUUAGAGUUCGGGAGUAUAAGACUUUAACAUCUCCCCCUGUUUACAUUAGCCCUCUUGACUUGGGCCCCAAGUACACUGACAAAUUGGGAUCAGGUUUCCAGGAGUAUCGCAAGACGUAUGGUGAGAAUUAUUGUUUAGGGCAGUUGAUUUAUUGGCAUAUUCAGAAUAAUGCUGAUCCAGAUUGUCAGCUUGGGAGAGCAAGAAGGGGUUGUUUGUUUUUGCCUGACAUUGCCUCCUUAUAUGCCAAGGCCCAGAGGCCAUCAAUGCGACAACGUGUUUAUGGCCAGAAAACCCUCAGAUUUAUGGUUUCAAUAAUGGAGAAACAGCCCCAGAGACCAUGGCCCAAGGACAAAAUAUGGUCGUUCGAGGGUGCCCCACGAGUUUUUGGUAGUCCGAUGCUUGAUGCGGUUCUUAAGAAGUCCCCACUGGACAAGGAGAUGCUACAUUGGCUGAAAAGCAGACCUGCUGUAUUCCAGGCUAUGUGGGACCAGUGAAUGUGGGAGAGGCCUGGAACUAUUGACCCCUCCAUUUGUUUUGGAAUGAUUAUUCUGUUUUAUUUCACAGCUACUCCAUUUAACAUGGGAGUUGGUAAUCAUUUCAAAACAAGAGAUUCCCUUGUGCUUCUCUUCUUCCUCAAUUCCUUUGUACAGUUUCAGUUUCUUCUUUGUAAUUCGUGUUCAUUGUUCAGAAGUAGAACAUUGGUUCUUUCUUUUUAUAAUUAAUCUUAAAUGAAAAAAUGGGAGAAAGGUUUCGUUUCAUGUUCA